CGCGCUGGCUCAGGGACUGCACUGCUGCAGCUGAAUGAAACCGAUGAAGCUAUGAUUCUCUCCCUGGCCGCGGCGGCAGCCAUGAGUAGCGGUGGCGGUAGCAGCCUCAACUCCUCCUCUCCCCUCGACCCCUUCGACUCCUCCACCUCGUGGAGCCUGGUUGAGGACCCCGCCAACUCUUCGUCAGAACCUGUAGUGCAAACUGUGACCCCUGACCUCCAGCCAGCGACCACCGCCGUCGCUCUUCAGGAAGUCAGCCCAUGGGACAUUGCGCUUUGCGUGACGGGGACUCUCAUUUCCUGCGAGAACGCCCUGGUGAUCGCUGUGCUGUUCUACACGCCGACGCUCCGCGCUCCCAUGUUCAUCUUGAUUGGAUCGCUGGCGGUGGCGGAUCUCCUGGCCGGCCUGGGCCUCAUCUUGAACUUUGUCUUCACCUAUCUGAUCGACAGCUCGGUGGAGUUCGUGACAUUGCUGUCCGUUGGACUGCUGAUCUCGGCCUUCUCAGCGUCUGUCUUCAACAUCCUCGCCAUCACGGUCGACCGGUACCUCUCGCUCUACAACGCCCUGACCUACCACACUGAACGGACGGUCACCUUCACCUACGUCAUGGUGGUCUUUAUCUGGGUGUCGUGCCUCACGCUCGGCCUGUUGCCGGCACUGGGCUGGAACUGUCUGAGAGACGAGAGUACGUGCAGCAUCUGCCGACCGGUCACUAAAAACAACGCCGUGGCUCUCGCCGUCACUUUCUUAUUGGUCUUUGCCCUCAUGAUGCAGCUCUACCUUCAAAUCUGCAAAAUCGCCUUCCGCCAUGCGCAGCAGAUCGCGGUGCAGCACCAGUUUUUGGCCAUCUCCACCACCAAAGGUGUCUCCACACUGUCGGCCAUCCUGUGUGCCUUCGGGGCAUGCUGGCUGCCGUUCGCCAUGUACUCCAUUGUGGCUGACUCCAGCUACCCCGUAAUAUACACCUACGCCACGGUCCUCCCAGCCACCUGCUGCUCUGUAAUCAACCCCAUCAUCUAUGCGUUCCGAAACCCAGACAUCCAGAAGUCGCUAUGGAUGGCCUGCUGUGGGUGCGUCCCCUCCAACCUCUCCUUAAGACCCAGGACCUCCAGUGAUGUGUAGCAGGGAAGGUUGGAGUCUCCUUAGUGUGAUGCUUGAGGUCGAGUCAGGGUUGGAGGGACAGGAGGUGGCUAGGAGGAAAGAGGAAAGAGAGUUCCUCUGCUUCUCAUAUCGGGGCAGGCUGAUGGCGAACACUCAGCUGGCCGCUGUAGAUGUGGCACUGGCGGCUGAUGGAGAAGAGGACGAUGCAUAGUCAAAAAAAAACAAGAAAAAGAAAAACGAUAUGAAAGUUUGUAGCCUUGAGAAAACCAAAAUCAUGGAUGGAGAUGGUGUGGAAACCAACUGCAAACACCUGUUUAAGGUAUCCUCAUCAUGGCUGUGGGAGCUGAGGCAGGCUGUGGGGGAAGUGUCAGGUGACUUUUCCACUGGCCUCUGUUAGGGCACGAAAAGUGAGUCCUGCUUCUCAAGAGUAGCAUAUAUGUGAAGCUGAGAUUUAGUAAGAAAGUUGCUAAAUCUCUGCAUGUCCUGAGGCUGGGCAGCACUGCAUGGUUAUGCAAUCAGAAGGAGUGAAACAGUCUUAAAAUACUUGUUUGUGUUUUAACUGAUGUGUUUGAAAUUAAGUGGCGUGUGGAUAAAAAUACAAUGAGCUAAAUAUACACAAGGAACGACCUUGAAAAUUCACAAUGAGCUACUUUCUCCUGGUAAAAAAACGAGAAUAUUUCCUCCCUGGAAACAUUUUGAGCAAUGUUUCCUUCAGCUGAUGCAGAUUAAGUAGCUGAGUCUUGCCCAUUAAGCCUUUUCCCAAUGCCAGAAGCACAGCCUUUAUUAUUUGUUUUUCCCAUUUCGAUGCAAGUUUCAGGAAAGAGUGAAAAAAAGCUAAUCACACAACAUCCCUCCUCAAACAUUCAAAUCCGAAAUGAAAUCUAAUGUACCAGUCUCUGAAUGCAUAAACAAGCCCGGCUAGUUUGAAGAAUCUAGAGAGGGAUUUCCAUAUUUAGACUGGCAUGUGUUGUCCUUGGUUCGUUGAAAUGAAAUCUGCUCCGCAACGGAGAAAAAUGGGUUUCUCAGCCUGCCGCUGUGCCGUGACUGCGAAGCAGAGAGAGCUGAAUUCAGCACCAAGGACAGCGUCACUGCAGAGCGCUGCUACCCUGGGAAUGCUCUCUGCUGCGGGGAGGGAGAGCGCCGGAAAGUAGGCUACGCUGUUCUUUACACCCUCUUUAUGGGGAAAUGUGAGACGGGCCUUAAAGGAGCAUUUCAGCAUGAUUGGAGUUUCUUUCACCCUUUUGUCCACCCCUGGAUGGAUAAAGGUAUUUAAAAAUUUGUGUUUGCUAAAACUCUUCUGUUAUGUGAUUGCUUCAGUUUCAAAAAGACAUGCAGAACAACAUUAAUAGUGCUAGUUAAUCACUGUGGCACAAGAGAGCACAAAAGACAUUUAUGAUUAGUAUCAAUAGCUAACAUCUGCAAACCUUAUGUCUCGGUUUGGAUACUUCCAUGCACUUUGCAUUUACGCUAUGUCCUUACUUGCAUAGUGUUUAAAAUUAAACGUGGUAAUGUUGUUUCAAACUGACCACAGCAAGCUGUAUACUUUCCAGAAAUGAUGACUGGACAUUGAUCGCAGCCUGACUGAUCUAUCAGUGGGAUUAUAUAAUCACCUUUUUGGUAUUGUUGUUUAAAACGGCGGAUAAAUUAAAAUUUAACAAAGAUUUGAUGGGAGAAACUCCAACUUCAAACUUGUUAUAAGUGUUGAAGAUUUGUCCACCAGAGGGCACUCUGCAAGUAACCUGUUGGCGACACGUGUUUGGAACACCACAAAUACGACAAUCAACUGAUUCAGACAGAGACAGGCAGAGCGUAAACGGGUAAAUAAAUAACUACAUAUAACAAAUGUUUAAAAAGUCUGUUUAGAUUUCAUGUGUCUGACAGAAUUUUUUUUUUAAAAUAUAUAUCGGAAUUUCAGAUUUUUAAAUGACCAAAUAUUGGCAUCAGUAUCACUGUCAGUGUAUAACAGUGAUUAUCCCACUAGCUGCUGCAAUCUGAGAACAUUUACUACUCCCUUAGCAGCUGACCGCACAUACGACAAGAUUCCUCUGCAAUAAAGAAACUGAUUUAACUUUCAUGAACAAGUAAAGCAAACCAAAGUUGGUCUCGUGAAUGCUAUUUAGCUGGCUAGCUAGCAUUGGGAGCUAGCAUCGUUGCUUGGAAUGUAUUUCCUUUCUGUCAUAUUGCUGUCUGAAAUGUUUUGGCCAUUUCUUCUACCAUGUAGCAAAAGCAGCAAUUAUUUGGGGUGGAAAGUGUAAAUAACACUACACCACAUCAAAGCAUACUAAAGAUUUGCUGCUCGUUCUUUAGCUGGCCUGUCAUUGUUGUAUUAAUGUAUUGAUUUUUUUCUGAGGGGUCCUGUUCUUUUAUUACGCGGCAAAAAUGGCGACUAUUUUGAAGAAGAAGGGUAAAGAACGCCACACGACAUGUACUGCAAGUGCAUAAUAAAUGUUUGCUGCUAGCUAUUUAGCUGGCAAGCCAGAAUUGGCCUGACACAGUUCCUUACAAUGUAUCAGCUUUCUGCUGUUUAAGAAAUUUCUGAUGAUCUAUCUAACCCUAAAGCGAAGAAAAUUUAGCAACUAUGGGCGAAACAGCUGCAAGCAACGUAAAGUGGAUGAGAUCUGAGAUAAUCUUUUUUUAAAGCCCAGAAGGGACUACCAAUGUGAACUAAUAAGAACACAGGACACAUAUGACCUGUUAGUAAAUGAGUUAGAGGGUUACCUAGGCAACCGCAGCCUGGAACACCUACAAGCUGUCAGCUUCAAAGCGAUGUGCGUCAAGCGAAUCGUUUACUUUUAUGCUUGAAAUACAAAGUAUGGAAGUAUCUGAGACACAGCUAUGGUAAAAGCUCAGCACUGUUUAAGACCAGCAUAUUAUAAGCCUAAUUUGACCCCUGCCAGGCCAGUUUUUAAUUAUUUUUUAGAUAAAAGCUACAAUCGUUAUUUUAGCCAAAGUGUCUUUUUAGCAUACUCUUGUUGUUUGAUGUUUCGACACAUAAAAAACUAUCAAAAAACUUUAAAACUGGAUUAAAGAUCCAGAAACAUGGCUAAAUUACUUCUCUGAUGGAAACUCUGUCUAUAAUGCACAAUCAUGAAUGUAUUUAAAUAUCGGCCUCGAUAUCAAUCUUAAAAUAUUUCCAGGAGUCAGUCAAUCAAAACAAUGACCCCGUCCUCUCUGUCCCCGUGUUUGCGAUCAGCAGAAAUUUCCGUCGUCACCGGGAAAGGUGAGAGCAGCUGAUAUUUUUCUGAGGCGAACAGGACCUGUGUUUUUCUGCAAUCUCCAUAAAGCUGUUUUGGCCAUGCGGCUCUAAAGUUAGACGGCACUCUGGCUCCACAGCCCCAUUGAUUUUACAUUAGCCGAGCUGAGCACAAUCCAUAUCGAAAAGGUCGUUUUUCAUCGGGGGCAGCUUUGGUCGGCUACGCUACGCUUUAAGUCAUACUUGCGAUUCUUGCACCUCUGAAAAUAAAUGAAGAAUGGAUGUGUUUUGUAUUAUUGCUAAAUAUUUGUAAUGCUUACGCUUAAACACUCAUAGAUGUAUGUCAUAGAUUCAGGGGAAAUGGCAAAAGUCUAUAUAUUAAGAAGGAAACAAAGCACCAUAUGGCGAAAAAUUCUCUGGCUUCCAUUUUAAUUUCCCUAUGUGCAGCCUGUCAGCAGUAGCUGGGUACCUUCUGCAGACAUGCACACAGUCUCACCCCGCCUUGAAGAAGCAGUGCAGCUCCGCCGCGAGCCACCUCUGAAGGCUCGGCAGGUUAAUGAGAAGCAAGAGAGGUGAGGUGACGUGGCGUGAAAUAGAAACACCAGGCGAGACGCGCUUUAACGCAACCUCAGGUCACGUCCACCAUGCACCCAAUCAGGAUGAAGUUAUUUCCCCACUGAAAGGGCAUCAUGCACCGUAAAUCCAGCUAAUGAUAAUAAUAUCUGAGCAGUAAUGGUACAGGGAGCUGGCCUAAUGUACAGAGAAUGCUGUGAGGAUGAGUUGGAGAAGGGAUUUAUUGCCAACCUCAAUCUGUAUUUAAAUGAUCUGCGGAGAUACUUUUCACUUUCGUGUUCCUCAGAGCAACCUCGGAGAGAGUUUCAAUGACUAAGCUGCUGGCAUGCUGCUCAUAUACAUGUGUGGGAGGUGUGCUGGCUUUGGGAAAAUAGUUUAUGGAAACUGGGCUGUAGUUUCGAACUGCAACAGUAAGACUCAGCACAGGAAAAAAACUGUGUAACUACAGGGAGUCACUUCCAAAUUCAACGCUUUCUACCAAAUAAAUCGCAACAUUAUGGCGUGAAAGCAAAAAACACACAUGUACUCAAUGAAACUCUGAAAAUGGCGCACAGGAGAAGCAGGUAUUUUCUUUUUCUAUGAUGUAAAUUAAAGCUUAGAGUAGAAGUAUUUUCUACUUUUCUUGGCAGGAAGCAACAAUCAGUUGUUUUUGCAGCAGUUGUUAGCAGAACAACAGCCACAUGAGUUUCUGUCAAUGAUUUCCUUUGGAAACGGCAGACUCUCUUGUGUCUUCUUUUGAUUUCUAUUUGUUUGGUUUUGGCCUUAUUGGAACAACAAAAACUCCUUCGCAAUAAUGUCCAACUGUGUUUUGCUGUGUACAAAAAGCCACAAGCGAGAAAUGGAGAGAGAAAGAGAAGCGGUCGGCUUUGGAAGAUUUGCAGAAUAACUCAAAGUAAAUGUUUCAAGGCAACAAAUGGCACAUUGGGUUUUAUUGGAAAGAAAUAUGAUCCUGGCUGCCUGGUCGGGGUUUUCUAAAAAGCAUGGAAAACCUAAUGAGUAAAUAAAUGCUCAACUUCUUUUCUUAGCUCAUCUACUGCAGACAGAAACCUCCAAAAUAAAACGCAUCUGCAGCCAUUUUACUAAUUUGAUAAUUUAAUUAUAAAACCACCAGUUGAACAAGUUGCCGGUGCGACCUCUUCCCUUCCUCUCUCUUUUGCUCAAUCACUGCAUUGAUGGAACUGCCUAAUGGUAAACCACCUGUAUCAAUUAUUAAGUGAAAUAUUUUCAAUUACUCUGAGGCUGGAAGCAUGAUGUGGAUGAAAUUUGGCACUCGGUGAACCGCAGCAGUGCGCGAGGGAGGGUGAAACAUAUCCACGCACAAGAGUUGAAUGAAUCUAUUUCACACAGGAAACUGAUGCGGAUCCUUUUGGCACACAGUUCUCUUGUAUGCACAAUGAUAUGCGAGACUUGCCUGGUCACCUGUGUUUGGAUAUGCUAGAUGGGACAUGCAGAGCAGUCACAAAUGAGGUGAGGAUAAUGUCACAUCCGGUACGGUUUCUAACAGAUGGCCAGUGUUGCCAGUGGUACAGUUUGGCCCUUUAAUUGUAAUAGUAAAAGAAGACCUGCACUAGCAGGGAUGUGGCUUUUAAACUCAUCUUCUUUCCUCUUAAAGGCUAAUCAAACCUAUUAGAGAAUCAUGAAGCAGAACUGGAUUGAAGGGAAAUAAAUUUUGAGGCUUGUUUUAGAUUCUGUAAGGCCACCUAAAAAUGUCAACAUUUGAAAUUGUCUUGACUCCAGAUAUGGCAUGGGAACACCAGCAUUUACCAUUCUAAUCUGUUCAGCACUUAUUUAUGAGGAAGAAAACAGGAAAACAUAAACAGUGUAAAGAAUGUAUGUAGCCACGUGACCUCACCUAUUGGUUUAUGAAACCCUGUUUUGAACUCUUGCCAUUAUAAAGAAACCUAGUAAAGGAUUGGCUCAUUGGCUGAUGGCACAUGUUGAGGAUUUCAACCAAUGGACAUAUCCUGGAUGACUCUCUUUUUUAACUAUAUAAGAAUGACCAAAAUUUACAAAAUGGCAUUCACGUUUUAUUCACUAUGACCUGAAGCUAGGAACUGAGACCAUAAACUCAUAAGAAGAGUGUUUGCAGAGAUCAUAGGGAAACUGAGGCGAGGACCAUUUUCCCAAAGACUCAAAUACAGCUCAGCAAUGACUUUCAGGAAGUGAAAAUCCUAUUCAUAUUCUCCAUAGGGAAUCUGACUAUGAGCCAUAAUGUGGAAACAAUCAAAAGCAGACUUAGUAUAAGCUAUGACAUUCCUACAGUUUCCUAAAUCCAAACAGCAACAUAUCCAAAUGUGGAUUUCAAUGAUACCAUGGAAAUUUUUAAAUUAGCGAACGCCGCAUUACUUAGUCUACGUCCACAUGCACAUGGAUAUCUUUAAAAACAGGGAUUUUUUCAAGUUUGUUUCCAAAAAUAUCUCUGUACUCAAGUUCCAUCAAGAUGAUGAAGGAUAUCCAUAACCCUAACCAUAUGGAAAUGUUGGCAAGUCAGAAGCUCACAAACAAUAAAAUAGAGAAUAGAAUAGAAUAAUCCUUUAAUUGUCCCACAAGGGGAAAUUUGGUUGUAACGG